AUGGCACCAGUAUAUGAUACCGCAGCCAUACCAGGUACACUCACCCUGGUGGAUGUGAACCAUGUCCUGGAGGCGAGGCACUUAGACCGCGGGGACCGAGACAUUGUGCUGGUUCCGACCCCUUCGAAUGAUCCAGAUGAUCCUCUCAAUUGGAGUCCGAGGCGGAAACUGCUAUCGACUGCUUGUGUGAGCGUCUAUACAUUGUUCUCCGGGAUUGCUUGCUCGGUCGUCUACUCGGUCCUCACGCCUCUCCAUGAAGCAACGGGAUUACCCGUGAAUACCUUGAAUGAGGGCACGGGGUAUAUGUUCUUGUUGGCCGGAUGGGGCUUGUUAUUCUGGCAGCCGUUUGCUAUGCAAUAUGGCAAGCGGCCGACAUAUAUCUUGUCCUUGAUUGGUAUCCUGGGAGUGACAAUGUGGGGUCCAUACGCAAGUACCAAUGGCCAAUGGAUUGCACGCAAUAUCGUCUCCGGAUUCUUCACAGCACCCGUUGAGGCUCUCCCUGAAAUCUCGGUUACAGACGUGUACUUCACACACGAACGUGGAUUGUACAUGGGAUUGUACGCCUUCUUCCUAGCAGGAAGCAACUACUUCGCACCAGUCAUCUGUGGCUUCAUCGCCCAAUACCAAGGCUGGAGAUGGGUAUUCUACUGGCCAAGUAUCUUCGUCGGCUGCGCAGCCAUCUUCCUCUUUUUCUUCUGUGAAGAGACAAACUAUGUGCGCGAGCACGUUGCUGUGCCUAGUGCAAUUGUGCGGACUGGUUCGUCAACACAGAGUUCGAACAGUGUUGAAGAUGCCGAGAACGAGAAACAUUCUCCUAAUGUUGAUUCGACGCUUGAAGCGGAGGCUGGUGUCAUGCACUCUAAAAAGUCUUAUGCGAAGAAGUUAUCGCUUCUGGGUCCGCGCCAGAAGCAAAAGACUAUGUUCCGUCGGUUCUGGCAGAUUCUGUAUUAUCUGUCGUGGCCUGUUAUUUUCUAUGCUGGAUUCUCCUAUGGCUCGUACCUGGUUCUUUUCAACAUCUUGAAUGGGACUGCUUCCAUCAUUCUCGGUGGGGCUCCAUACAACUUCGGGUCUUCCAUGGUUGGCCUGAGUUACUUAGCAUGCUGUCUUGGUGUGAUUCUUGGAUCCAUUUUCACCGGCCGCUUCAGUGACUGGCUCACUAUCAAACUCGCUCGCCGCAACAACGGAGUCAUGGAAGCAGAGCACCGCCUGUGGCCAUUCCUCGCCUGUCUGGUGCUUGUCCCUGCAUCUCUUAUUCUAUGGGGAGUCGGCGCUGCCCACGAGGUACACUGGUUUGGAUUGAUUGUCGCCAUGUGCAUGCUUGCCUUCACCAAUACCUGCGGGAUUACACUCAGUGUCAACUAUUUCAUUGACAGCUACCGAGAGCUGAGUGGUGUUGCUAUGGCCAGUGUCAUCUUGGUUCGCAAUACCAUGUCCUUUGCCAUUGGCUAUGGCAUUACGCCCUGGAUUGAUAAUAUGGGUUACCAGAACUGCUUUAUCUCUGCCGCCUUCAUCGGUAUGGCAUGCGCUGCAGUGUUCCUAUUCAUGAUCAAGUUUGGCAAGACAUUCCGUGAACGCACACGCGAGAAGUACUGGAAGCUUGUCCAGGAGAACUGGGAGCAUGGAAUGGGCCAUUAA